AUUUGUCACUCGAACACGCUCAUCCGUAGAGGAAAGUCUUUCAAGAUACGUCAACAAUGGGGGAUAAGAUGCUGGAGCAGAUCGACGAGAAGUCGAAACUCACGACUGACGGGGACACCGCAAAGAUAAAAUUCCAGAGCUCCACGAAUGGCGAAGCGAAAAUAGAGAUGCCGGAAAAUGGAGCCGCUAGUCAGCAGUGCGGGCUCACGAAGGAAGAGCUCAUGAAGUACGCGAAUGAUCCUUUCUGGAUCGGCUUGCGCAGGACACUGCUGGUUCUUUUCUGGCUUCUCUGGAUCGCUCUGCUCGUCGGAGCGGUGGUAAUAAUCGUUGCCACGCCAGGUUGUCCGGCGGCCAAGGAGCCGGAAUGGUACGAGAAAUCCCCGAUUUACGAAGUUCGCGUCGACAAGUUUGUCGACGGCAAGCUUCGUGGGGUACAUCAGAAACUGCCAUACCUGAAGGAUAUUUACGUCUCUACGAUUGUCCUCGAGGAACUCUUCAAUCCUGCGGAGCAGCGUGUCAUAAGCCCGGACAUUGGUGAUCUCAACAGCCUUGCAGACCUCACUAAGGAACUGAAGGUCAUCCUGAAAAUCCCUCUUUCUAAAAUUCAACUGAGCAGGGACGAUGAGCAACGGAAAUUGGCGGGAGCGCUCGUUUUCUGGCUCGACAAAGGCGUCGCAGGUUUUAUCUUCGAUGAAAUUGAUCUUAUUCCGGAAUCGACAUAUAGGAACGACUUCCCUCAAGUUGUCAAGGAUUGCGGCGAAAUUAUCGCCAAUGCCAGCACCAGGGAAUUCCCCCGAGUGGCGAUGUGGUCUUCGUACACUCGACGGCUGGACGAAGCGGAAUUCUGUGUACAGAACGGUACCUUCAUUCUCGACUACGGAUUGACCUCGCUCCGGCGAGGCUUCACGGCAUCGCAAUUUUACGAGCAAUUCGAGCGUACGACGCAAAAGAACCGGACCAUGUGCAGAGAGAAUUUCGUGUUCAGUAAUGGUGAUAUCAAGCCCCUGAUCGAACGCGUCACCUCCGCGGAACACGAUCGAAUCAUCAUGUUCACGUUGUUGGCCGACGCAACUCCGUUCGUAUACUUCGGGGAAGAGCAUGCACGAAACGAUACGAGCUUGCCCGAUACUCUCGAGAGGAAGCCUGGGAAUCGGCCCAUGGCCAUGAACUGGAAGACUGUCGAAGCGUUCUCGAAGGCAACCGAAAAUAAUUAUUUCCGUCUCUUCAAAGAUGUCAGCAAGAUCCGUUCGAAGAACGAAGCUAUACUAAGUGGAGAGACCCACCUAUCGGUCUUGGACGGUUCGGUGGUGGCAAUGUCCCGUACCAAGAAGAAGAAUCCGGGCUUUGUCGUCGUGACAAAUUUCGAAAGGUCUGCCCGAACGGUGAAUUUGACCGAGCUCGGGCCCCAUAUCCCGGAGAGUGCGGAAUUGACGCUGUUCUCGACGAACAGCAAGACUGCAAAGGGCAAGCGCAACUUGCAACAGCUCAACAUAGAAGGCGAAGAGACUCUUUUGUUCGAAUUCCCAUCAAUCUGAGAGACUAUAUCCUCCGACGCAGCGAGGAACCAAGCCUAGAACGCAUCAUUUAGAGCUAUGCUUACUUAUAUUUUCCCUCAAAUUGAGAUUCAGUCAAAGGCUUAUCUUGGCUCGGAGUCAUGAAUCAAAAAAUAAACUUUCCGUGGUUAUGAUUCGC